UCCCUCCCUCCCCAGUCCGAUCACGUGCGCGUGACGUCACUUGCCGACAUGGCGGCGGACAGGAACAGAGGGCAUGGCUCGGUGGAGGACAUGCUGGACGCCGAGAACAAACGUCUGGCUGACAACUUGGGCACUAAAGUCUCCCGACUCAAAUCGCUGGCGUACGACAUCGACAGAGAGGCCGAGGAUCAAAACGACUACUUGGACGGCAUGGACUCCAACUUCCUGAGCACCACCACUCUCCUGGGCGGCAGCGUCAAGCGCUUUUCCAACAUGAUGCGCUCGGGACGCGACAACCGUCGCGUCAUGUGCUACGUUGCCAUGGGCCUGGUGGUCUUCUUCUUCCUGCUCUACUACGCCGUCAGCCGGAUGAGACGCUGAACAAACGCGCUGAGCCGCUCGGUCGGGCACCAGGGCACCAGGGCAAAAACCAAAGGAGGCGAGGCAUGGACGCGAUCUGCAGGGGCCGGGCGGAAAAGCAUGGAUCCAAAAGACACUCUUUCUUUCAUUUUUUUUGUCUGAGAUUUACAAACGUCCUCUCUGGGGGGGACUCCAAAAAACUAAUUGGCUUGGAAUGGGUGAUUCAAGUUUCUUAAUAAUACUGCCGUCUAAAAUACACUUUGUAAAAUAGUACAUAGAGAUGUUAGAUGUAAAUGCUCCUGCAAUUGACAUCAGACUUACUGCUACCUAUUCUUAUAUUUCAGGAGGUCUAUAUACAGUGUUUAUUUCUUGCCAGUUGACUUUUCAAAUCCAUUCCACUUUUGUGUUGAUUUACAUUUAAUUGUCUUGUAAUAGUUUGAAAUACUGAAUUGUUUGUUUGAGAUAUACAUCAUUUCUGCAUUAAAUGGUUGUUGGUUUGAAUAA